GCCAUGAGGAAGCAGAUGGACGCUGGAGCUCAGGCACAGAGAUCUGAAGGGAAAUCACUUUUCACUGCAAACUCCUGAGCAACGCCUGGAGGUGUUUACUUCACCCCUCACUGGGCAGUAAACAGCAGGAAUACUGGACGUUCUGCUCCCAGCCUGUUACCAACUUUUCCUAACACUUCAGCGAGAGUGGAGAUUUAUGGAGUUUUGCUCUGGAUGAACAUUUUUACCCGAUUCUGAAAAUCCUUUUUCAACUUUGACAAAUUUACGCCAAAUCUUUUUGUUUUUCUUUUGAAGAUGCAACCUGAUUCCAGUGCUUGGUGGAUUACGUUAGACCAUUUAGUACCAACACAUUUUGCUCUGGAAGGUUAUUUUUGGUAAAAAAUUCAUUUAUCAAUUAUUUUGCCAAAACUUAAAUUUUUUUUAAACGAUUUUAUUUUCACUGGAUUAGGUUUUUUUCUGUUUGGAUCACUUAGAUGUAAAUUUUUGUAAAUUUUUUGUUAACAAACAGGACCGGACAGUUGCAAAGUUUGUUCUGGACGAAAAUUUUUAGACUCACCCGGGACUCACCAUGCUGGUCUUUUGUGCCACGGUUUUGCUGGCACUGUUUGGACCAAUGAGAGGCGACUAUUCCAGUGAUGAGCCGCAGCCUGUUGGGAUAAAGAAGGAACCGAGUCAAGCUACAAUAGAUGCGUGCCUGCAGGUGACUCCUCCGUGUGUGACGGAGGCGGACCGCUUCAGCCUGGAGGCUCUGUGCCACAUCCACCGUGAGAUGGACGAUGACCAGGAUGGAGGGAUCGAGGUGGAGGAGAGUGUGGAGUUCAUUAUAGAGGACAUGCAGCAACAGCAGCAGACCAAUAAGCACAGUAAACUGCAUCAAGAAGACCAGCACAUCACAGUGGAGGAGCUGUGGCGAAGCUGGAAGUCCUCAGAAGUCCAUAACUGGACUCAGGAGGACGUGCUGUGCUGGCUGCGGGAGUUUGUGGAGCUGCCGCAGUACGAGAAAAGCUUCAAAGAGCUCCAUGUCAAUGGAAACACCCUGCCCAGGAUUGCGUCCAACGAGCCGUCGUUUAUGAGCACCUACCUGAAGAUCCAGGACCAGCAGCAUAAGCACAAGCUGAAGCUCAAGGCUUUGGAUGUUGUGCUGUUUGGACCACCCACCAGGCCACCACACAACUGGAUGAAGGACCUUCUGCUGAUUGUUUCCGUGGUGAUGGGGGUUGGCGGCUGCCUGUUUGCCCAGGCGCAGAACAAAGCAUCCAAAGAGCACAUCUCCAAGAUGAUGAAGGAUCUGGAGAGCCUUCAGAGAGCGGAGCAGAGCCUGAGAGACCUGCAGGAACAGCUGGAGCGAGCUCAGGAGGAGAAGCGCACCGUGGCUGUGGAGAAGCAGUUCUUGGAGGCGAAGAUGAAGGACGAGAUUGAGGGAGCUAAGGAGGAAGCGAACCGGCUUCACAAACUCCGGAAGGGAGCCGUCAGCGAACUAAGCCGCCUCCGCUAUGCCGAGGAGGAACUCGAACAGGUUCGGGGAGCGCUGAAGAAGGCCGAGCAGGACAUGCAGGCCAGCUGGUCCGUGCCGGAGUCUCUACAGCUGUGGCUGCAGCUCACCCAUGAGGUGGAAGUGCAGUAUUACAACGUGAAGAAGCAGAGUGCUGAACAGCAGCUGGCCACCGCCAAGGACGAGGCUGAGAAGAUCAAGAAGAAGAGGAGCUCAGUUCUGGGCACCCUGCACGUCGUACACAGUUCCUCUUUGGAUCAGGUGGACCACAAGAUCUUAGAGGCCAAGAAUGCACUGGCGGAGGUGACCUCAUGUUUGCAGGAGCGCCUUCACAGGUGGCAGCAAAUCGAGCGGUUGUGCGAAUUUCCUAUUAUGAGGAAUGCGGGACUGCCGAGCCUCACGGCUACCCUGUACCCAGAUCCUAACUGGAUGCUUCUGCCCAGAGCCGCCAUGUCCUCCUACCAGAUACCUGCAGGCGUGGAAGACAUGGAGGAAAGCAUGCCCUCCGUCAUGCCACAGAUUCCUGUCACUGUUACUCCAAUCAAGCUGUCCCCUCGAGCACUGGUCCGCUCCCGUCGAACCAGCCAUAUUGUCCAGCAGCCUGUGAUUCUGUCACCUGAUCCUGACCUGCUGAUCCCAAUCCGGGGACCAAUUCCACGAUACGGAGAGGAAGAAGGGGAACACAUCAUCUUCCCUACUCUUAUGAAACAGGAAUGCCUGGAGACGUCUUCAGACACUGACACUAUUGGAUCCACCAUUGGCAGAAUCUCUGCAGGCACUGACUUGGAUCCUACCCGAAGACUAUACCGCAAAGACAUAGACCGUUUCUCUGGUCGCAUCACGCGUAAGGUCUCUUUUGAGGAACAGGAGGAAACUCCGUCACGCAAGACAUCACGAGAGGAACUUGCAGACUCUCUGAGGGUCAGCCCCAGAAAAGUUUUCCAUGAAGUACUUGAUGAAACCCCAGUCACAAAGACAUCAAGAGAGGAACUGGAUGCACCUAUAGAAGGUCUGACAAGUUCUAUGCGUACCGAAGAACCUGAUUCUAGGAAGAUAUCAAAGAGUUUUCCAAUUGAUAACGCUGAUUUUUCUCCAAGACCAUCAGCUCGAGACAAGUCAGAAUCUUUAGUGGAACUGUAUUCUGGAAUGAGACACAAGGAUGAAACUGACCUAAAUGUGGGAAGUCAAAGAUGCAUGAUGUUUAGGGAGACGAAGGAUCUCUCAGUAGACACUCUCUCCAAAAUGGUGCCAGGAGAUGAACGUGAUCCUGAUGUCCAAAGUGGAAAUGCAGGCCCAGAUGUCGAUGCUGAGAUGGACACUACUCCAAAGAUGAUGCUUAGUGAGAACACUGAUGUUUCAAGGGAAUCCCUAGCAGGAAAACUAUCAAAGGACAUGUCAUUAGAAGGUGCAUCUAGAAAACUCUCAAGAGAUGAGUUUGAUGUGGAUGUGCAAAUGAAGCUUUUUAGAGAGAACAAGAAGUUACCCAGGGAGGAAUCUGACACUGGACAGCUCUUUAGAGGCGCUUCUGUGGAUAGUGCUUCUCGGAACAAGAUGCGAGGGAAAUUGGACAAGUCACUGGAGAGCAGGAGAGGAAUGUCCUUAAGAGAGAGAAGGGGAGAUAACACUUGGAAGCUUUCUAGAGAAGAACGUGAUGUUGCCCCAGAGAGACGACGAUUCUUCCAGGAUAUGAGGUUGGACAAUACUGCAGACACAAUCACAGAUAAAAUCCAGAGAGGUAUCUUGGAGUUGCCUUUGGACACUGCCAGACGCAAGAUAUCCAGAGAAGAGUUUGUGGUUUCAGAGCCAGGCUCCUUAAGCCAGCCUGACCUUACUGUAAGCUCCCUGAUGCUCUGGGCUCCACCACAAGAGCCACUUAGCCAUUUAGUGUAUGAUGGCAUUCUAGAGAAGUCUUAUAAGAACCCUCUAAAUGCACCUGGCCCUGCAGAGCUCAGUCAUGCUACCUCACUGCCCUCAAUGUCCACCUCCUCCCAAAGCCUUGCAAGUAGUGAGGGUUCUGGCAGCAAGUCUUCUUGUUCUGAAAAUGCUUCACUGCCAGAGUCCCGCAGUGGAGACAAAUGUAAGAAAUCUUCCAAGCUCAAGAACCUAUUCAAGAAAAAGAAGGAAAAGGCGAAAGAAAAAGACGUACCUGGAGAUCGUACACAAGGGGGCUUGCAGAAAUUAUGACUGCCUGGAAGCAAUUACAAUGAGAACUCCAUAUACCAUAUAGGCACUGCUUAUAUUAAUGGGGUCAGAGUAACUUAGGAAAUUCAGAGCAUGCUUUUCAAUGCAUUAGUGGCAUCUUGAUCUAGAUGGUAGUGAGACAAACUGGGUUUUGUUUCUUGCAGGAUUUUGCCUCUAUGCUUGUUAAUAGGCUGGGUUUGAGGGGUUUUUAUCACAUAUGAGAUCCAAACUGAUGUGCAUCAUAUUAAGAUGCAUUCCUCAUCAUUAGUUUCUUUAGGGAUGCUACAUCAUAACAGUGCUGUUACAUCCGGUCAAAAUGGGAUCUCAGUAGAUUAAAAGUAAUUUAUAGUAGGUAGUUAGUAGUUGCUCUAACACUUUAUUUCAAAGCUGCCUACAUAAGGACUUCAUAACACAUUCAUAGUCAUCGAAUAACAUAUCAUAAACAAUACUCAAACAGCUACAGUUAAUUUGUAAUUGCAUGAUAAGAUUUUUUAAAAUAAAUAAAAUUGCUUUUACAUGAAGGACGUUGAAUUAAAGUGAUAGUUCUUUGUUUAAUUUCAUCCAUUCCCCAGUAAUGGAACUUCUAUUUAGUGCUUAAAUAAGAGCACCAUAUAUCAGUUCUAUGGGAGAUUUGGAUGCCCUUGAAUUGAUCAUUUUCAAAUAUAAAAAAAAAAAAGGAAAAUUACUUGGGAAGUCCGCUUCAUAACAAUGUCAUUAGUGGAACAACAAACACUUGGCUUAGUUAAAGAUUCCUUAUGUCAGCACAAUGUAAUUCACUUCGUAUAACUUCUCAUGUGAUUCUAUAUGUUGCUCAUAAAUACUUAAUUACUGCUUUACAAAUGUGUUAUUCAGUGUUUUAGCAUUUGUUAUGAAGUCGUAGGUAGGAUUCAAAUAAUGUGUAGUCUAGUAAUCAUUAUUGAAUGUAAAAAUCUUGAAAGCAUUUUAAAAGUGUCUUAAGUCAAGAAAUAUCUGUAUGUGCUAAUAUGAAUGAUAUUUGAUCUUGAUUAUGUUUCUGUUUUGUUUUGUUGUUUUGUUCCAUCAGUGAGAUGCAACAUGGCAAGGCCAGCUUAGGUAUUUACUUUGAAAGAAAAAGUCAAGUCUUAAAACCAGUUUGAAAGUCCUUGCUACAUGGAACAGCCUUGAGUGAAAUGUCUAGUGUCUGGUCAGAGUAUGUGUCAGAUAAAUUUGCAGUUUCAAGAUUUUUUUUUUCCAAUAUGUGAAUUAAUUUAUUUAAGUACUAAUUGAAGCAUAUGCACUGAUUUGAAAGGGUAGAAUGUGAGUGUUGUCUGUCCUGUCUCUAAGAUUCAUUCAGUUUAACUUCAUAGUUUCUGCUAAUCUUGAACUGAAUUCUUUUCCUGUAUAUUUUUAAUGCACUGUUCAAAGACACUUUUCAUCUUUUGAGCCAACAAAAACAACUUGCAACUGGCUAGGUUUACCUUUAACUAUAUAUUUGUGUUUAUUUCUGUUUAACUGGUAGCUUGUUUACCUGUUUUAUUAUAAUUAACAAACUCAAAUUGUGUUGUGAGGUGUGAUGUAGAGCUCCGGCAGUUUGAGCUUCUGUUUAUUCAUCUGAUGAUAUUAUUUAUUGAUCUUAAAACUUACACUUCACUCAAUUGUCCUAAGUAUGAAAAAAAUAAAAUCCUAAAGAUUGCGAUUUA